GCAUGCCCGCAGCGGCAGCGCGGACAGUUCUUCGGGAAGACCCCGGUGCGGGAGGUCACAGAGUCCAGGGGCCGCUUAGAAUGUGCCCAGAGCACGAAGCUGCGCGUGCCCGACACCUCGUCCCGGGCCGCUCGGACUUGGGGUGUCGGGGUGUUCGCGCCGGCCCUGCCUGCGCGUUCGUCUUCACGCGCCGGGACGCUGCGUCGCUAGUGGCCGCGCCGGGCUCCGCGCCUCGCCAGCUGCCUCCGCCUCUCCCCCGCCCGGGCUACGGCGCCACCUUCUCGCCGGUCGCCUACUUCUUCGAGGGGCGGGAGUGCGUGGUCGCUCCCCGGGACCCAGUCAAAGGCCUGCGCGUGGCCGAGUCGCUGGCGAGGACCGUGCCUGAGGUUGCGCGGUGAGGCCGGGGACCCGGGCCGCGCCUGGCGCCCGUUCCACCCCCGCGGGCGCGCGGAGUGCGGGGCGUGGCCAGGCCGGGAGCAGAGGCUCCGCGCCCUCCCCGCACGGCGGCGAAGGGCGGCCAAGUUGAGCGAAAAGUUGAAGACCUGAGGUAGCGAAGCGGCGCAGUCGGCGUGUGUCCGGCGCUCCAGCUAUCGCUUAGACGCCGGACUGAGCCCAGGACUAGCUGCGUUCCGCCAUAGGCCACUGUAGGAAACGGGGGUGGUGCCUCCACAAGCAAACCGGACCGACUGGGUAGGGCCGGCCGCCCGCCCUGCCCUCUUGCGGUUCGUGGCUCCUGGGCAGUCCGGGGAACUGGGCCACGCACCCCGUGGCCUCCGCGCCCACUUGGCACUCAGCUAAGGGAGGCGGCGGCCAGCGGCCGGACUCGGGCUCAACCCUCGCGCGCCCCUGGCGCUGCUCCCACGAGCGCGGCGCGCGUCCCGGCGGAGCCGGGCCACUGGAGGCGGCGCGUGGUUGUCCCGGCCGCUCUCGAGUUGGUAGUAGGGGAACCGGCGACUGGGCUGGCUCGGUGUAGGGAUCGUUUGCCCUGAGCUUCGUGCCCCGCUACGUCCGCUCAAGUUUUGGGAUUUUUACGCAACUAGCCUUGCCUUCCCGGGGGCAGCCCCCGGGGGGGGGUGAAAGGCUGGCACGACGGAGGCAGUCGCGGGGUUCUGACUCAUCCGUCGGGCCGGAAUCCGAGGAAGAGACCCUUCGCUUCUGGGGGUGGGGAUUCAGUUCCAGGACGGGAGCGCCCUCGGCGGCACCGGGCCUCGCCUCUCUGGAAAAACUAGGUCCCCAGCCCGCGGGGCUUCCGGCGAUGCCGGAGCGCGCUGAUCCUCGCGCGCGUCCCGAGGAUAUGGCUGGACGCCCCUCACCUCAGGGGGCUGCUCCGGACUUCGCCAGCGCUCUCUCCACUCCCUCAGAUCUGGCAGCUGAAGGGAAUGACGCGGGUGCCCCCACAGCCCGGGAUCCGGGCAGGGAGGGAGAGCCCCACAGCCGGCACCGCGACGCCCGCCUGGGCAGCACCGAUAAGGAGCUGAAGGCAGGAGCCACCGCCGAGGGGAGCGCCCCGACAGCGGUGGGGACCUCCGGUGUCCAACUUACGGAUCCAGCGGGUGGCCCCCAGAGCCUGCUCCCACGGCCCUGCCGUGUACUGGUGCUGCUCAACCCCCGUGGAGGCAAGGGCAAGGCCCUGAAGCUCUUCCGAAGCUAUGUGCAGCCCCUCCUGGUCCAGGCUGAUGUCUCCUUCACGCUCAUGCUCACCGAGCGGCGGAACCAUGCCCGGGAGCUGGUGCAGACGGAGGAGCUGGGCUGCUGGGAUGCGCUGGUAGUCAUGUCUGGAGAUGGGGUAAUGCAUGAGGUGGUGAACGGGCUCAUGGAGCGGCCUGAUUGGGAGACCGCCAUCCGAAAGCCUCUCUGUAGCCUUCCAGCUGGCUCUGGCAAUGCACUGGCAGCUUCUUUGAACCAUUAUGCUGGCUACGAGCAGGUGACGAAUGAAGACCUCCUGACCAAUUGCACGCUGUUGCUGUGCGGCCGGCGGCUGGUUCCCAUGAACCUGCUGUCCCUGCACAUGGCCUCGGGACUGCGGGUUUUCUCCGUGCUCAGCCUGGCCUGGGGCUUCAUUGCUGACGUGGAUAUCGAGAGUGAGAAGUUCCGGCGUCUGGGGGAGAUGCGCUUCACUCUGGGCACCAUCCUGCGCCUGGCGUCCCUGCGCACCUACCAGGGCCGGCUGGCCUACCUCCCCGUCGGACAGGUGGUCUCCAAGAUGCCCACCUCGUGGGCCCUGGACCGGCAGGACCAGCAGGGCCCUGUGGAUGCCCACCUCGUGCCCCUGGAGGAGCCGGUGCCUUCUCACUGGACUGUGGUGCCGGAGCAGGACUUUGUGCUGGUGCUGGCGCUGCUGCACUCACACCUGGGCAGCGAGAUGUUUGCUGCGCCCAUGGGCCACAGUGAGGCCGGGGCUAUGCACCUGUUUUACGUGCGCGCAGGCGUGUCUCGGGCCAUGCUGCUGCGCCUCUUCCUGGCCAUGGAAAAGGGCAGGCACAUGGAGUGCAACUGUCCCUACUUGGUGUAUGUGCCCGUGGUGGCCUUCCGCUUGGAGCCCAGAGACGGGAAGGGUAUGUUUGCUGUGGACGGGGAGCUGAUGGUCAGCGAAACUGUGCAGGGUCAGGUGCGCCCCAACUAUUUCUGGAUGGUCGGUGGCCGCGGGGAGCCACCACCGUCUCUGGAGCCACAGCCCCCACCCAGCCAGAAGCUUCAGCAGACGCCACCUCCAGAAGAGCCCUUGUGACCACGCUGUGGGCCUUGCUGUGCCUUAGUCUGUCUACUCAGUCUGAGUCCAGGGCCCUCACUCCUUCCCGCAGGACUGGAGGGCCCCUCACAGCUCAUGUGGGGAGAACUAGAGAAGGGUGGGUCGAGGCUGUGCUUUGGAAGGACAGCGUCUGCCCACCCAAGGCAGAAAAUGAAGCCCUGGGCCAGGACCCCAGCUGGUCUGACCCCACUGCCUGUGGAAGCCACUCCUUUGUUCUGGGAGCCCCAACCCAUGAAUCAAAUCCAAAUAAAGUGACAUUCCCA